GUAUUUCGCCUUCCCUUUCGGUUUGUGAAUCAGGUUUUGGUUUAUGUUUGUUGUUUUCGAAUUCACGUAUAUGUGAAUGCAGGUGGAAAUGACGAUAUAACGGAGUGGUUAGGCACGCCUUUCAGAUAAGGCUGUUGCCGGACGUCUGUUGCUUAUCCGGCUACGGCAUAUCCCGCUCUGUUGAGCCGCGGCAGAGAAUUUCCAAUCAAAUUGGCAAUCCUAAACUCGAUUAACCGAGCAAGAAAACGGAUGCGCCCCAUCAAACUUGCAAAAUGCAUCUCAAAUUGACAUAUAAAAUGAAAAUGCGAUUCUCCUCUUUCAAUGCAAUGUUCUUUCGGUAUCAGAAAACCUAUCUGUAUGCAGGUCGCUACUUAACUUGACAAGCAGUGUUUCAAGUGUUGCUGUGUCAAAUCGAGAUUGUGUGGGUGUUCAGUGGAUCAAUCCCUGUAUUAAUGGUUCUGGCGGGGCAGUGGGCGUGGGACUGUAAAUCCUCUUUCGUUCGCUGGGCCUGGGCCCUUUGGACUGUAAAUCCAAACGGAGUUAGUGGUUCGAUUCCACUCAUGAACGAGAGCGAGACUGAACGAAAGAAAAUGCAAGUGAAACGAGACGAGAAUCCAAGAUUGGGAACAUGCAUUUGAACCUUCCGAAACCGGUAUUGUAAAGUGUUUAGUGAUCCAAGAUUUUGUACUAAAGUGUUGUCCCUUUCGUCUAGUGGUCAAGAUCUCGUCUUUUCAUGUCGAAGACACGGGUUCGAUCCCCGUAAGGGAUAGGUACUGAUUCCUGCCGGUCUGAUUGCUGAGUUCACGCUGUCUAUCUGUCUUUGGUCCGUCAGCUUCCUCUCUCGAAGCAAGACUUCGAAGAAAAGGAGAGAAUAAGUGUUUCAAGUAGUAGUUGAUUAAGUGUUUCAAGUAGUAGUUGAUAAAGUAUCAAGUAGAGAAGUUCUUCCUAGCUUCUUUUCCAGCAAGAAAACGUAUUGUUCAUACGAAAAGCAAAGUACUUUCUCCUCUCCAACAGAAGAGGAAUUCAGCAAUCAAGUCUACUAAUACAAGUCUGUAGUUUGAGUAGUUGUUUUUUCAGCGGAUUCUCCGAAAUUGAAGACAAUUAUCCUAACUCAAACUUCAAAAAGUCCUUUUUUAUUUUUCUGAUGUAAAUUCUGUCUGUCUCCUUUGUCCUUCCUAACGCUAGUCUAGUCUCCUUCGUUCCACUCGUCCUUGCUUUUUUUUCUUCUUCCUAUCGGUCCCAAGGUCAAUGAAAUUGAAAGGCACCUCUGACAACAGAAUCAAAAGGGAUUUGGCGGCUAUAGACGACUCAGAGUCAUAAAGAGAAGCUUUCGCGCAGUACACCUAUUUUUCUAUAGAAGUGAAUGGCCCCUUAGUUGGCUAGUCUGAUCAAUCGGCAGGCUCAGCCUCUACGUCGUAUUCUGAUAUAGAAAGAAAAGAACCGAACUCCUGGAGGGUGAAAGAAGAAUCUCAAGUUGAUACUCUGCCAAGGAAUCUGUCCACAACUGGUACUUCACAUGCCUUAGAAGUAGAUUUGAAUGAGAAUGAAUGAAAUGAGCAAACGUUACUAGGAAGGUGAACUCGCUAUCAAACUACUGCCUGCGCUAGGGGAAGCGCGAAAGAAAAACCAGUUUCAAGAUCUGAUACCCUUGAAGGACUCCCAGGAAUGAGAGAGCAAGUACAAGGACAAUCUGAUUUUCUAAGGAUAGGCGGUAUUCCAUAAUUAACAUAGUUCGGUUAGAGUGGAUUUUAAAAGCUACAGCAGAUCGAUAAGUUGCUAAUUUAGCUAAGUAAACUCCACUACGGAAUCUAGCUCUCCAUAAGAGGGUAUUCCCAAUGAGACAAGUAGUUUUUCGAAGGGACCCUCUGUCUGAAGAUUGUAGUCCGGAUUUCUCGGAAUAGAAUAAUUGAAUGAGCAGGUGCAGAUGGUCAAUCUCCAUCUUGAAGCCGAGUCUCUCUGUCUUCUUAUUUUUUAUAAAGAUAUAGAGAAUAACUCGAUCGAUCGUAGAAUGAUUUCGUGAUCUGAUCUUCAUUUGGGCGGCUUUCGCUCAAUCCGUGGCUGUAGUGAUAAGGCAGGGGUACAAAAAGAAGAUAUAGAAUUGUAGCUAACGGGGUUCGCUCGCCCUCGCCUGUAACUAUAGCGUGUCAAGUUUCUCUCUUUCCAAUCGGGAUUUUUUAGGUGUGAAGUGAAGUUCACCAGAAACGCUAGCUAUAUGCUUAACACAGGGUAGGGGAUUCCAUUCCACCAAAGACGUAAGGUGAACGAGUUCACCCCGACUCCAGAAAGAUAGGUAAAACUGUGGACUGAGGUUCAGUCAGGAAUUUGCGUAUAGAAAGGAGCAAGAAAACGUAUGCGCUUUAGCCUCAUCCCUUGUUCUUUCGCUUGGAAGCUCAAUCCCCUCGCUUCUUCUUUCGCUUCUACGCUCGUGCUUUCAGCAAGUUCGUACCAGUCGUCAGUCAAGGAGGGAGCUCCAACCUCCGCGCCUAGCCGCAACCUAAACGCUGGUUCUAUCCCGGCCAAGCAAGCAAGGGGAACCCCGGUGGGAAGAGGGAAAGAAAGAUCAGGGGAAGAAGCGGGGUAGAGGAAUUGGUCGACUCAUCAGGCUCAUGACCUGAAGACUGCAGGUUCGAAUCCUGUCCCCGCCUAAUCACGUCAGAUACUUGUACGAGUCCUGAUCACCUGGGUCAAAGAAUCUAUGUUCAAGUCGCCUGCCUAACAAAUAGACGACUGCGUACUGUAGUUAGUCUGUUCCGUUGGUCCGAUCCUACCAUGGAAAGUGUUGCUGUGUCAAAUCGAGAUUGUGUGGGUGUUCAGUCUACCGCUCAUGUUCACGUUCUCAAAAAAGAAGGCUUUCGUUGGAAAAACCAACGACGACCAAAAUACAAGUCUACCUUUCUCUUUUGGGAGCAGAGCUGAAAAAAGAUGGAGCUUUUAUGAGUUAUGACGACGUCUUCUUAUUCUUUUCACAUACUUCUCCUAGUUUUUGCACCCCAGUGCAAAGAGAGUUGAUGAGGAUUGGUAUAGAACAAAUAGUAAAGCAGAGCCCUUACAUAAACCUCAUUGAUAACGGUAGCGGGAACUUGUUGAAAAGAAAGUUAGUACCUUGGGAGCAAAUAGCGCCUUUUUUUGAAGAGCCGGAGAGGAAGUGGCAGAAGUGUUUCAAUGAGUUUAAGGACAGAAUACAGCUGUGUGAUGGGUAUGAAUGGGGUGGCCCCGGCCAAGCGGAUAUUGUUAGGCCCUCCUCGUCGGGCUCAUGCCCCUCGGUAAAUCAACCGGGGCCAUUGACACAGGAUUUCUUAUCUGAUGCGGGAAGCACUAAUUAUUUAGCCCCGAGCCCCUUGGAUCAAUUUUCGAUUCACCCUAUUCUGGAUCUUCAUAUGGGCAACUAUUAUUUCUCAUUCACAAAUCCUUCCUUGUCUAUGCUGCUUACUCUCGGUUUGGUCUUACUUCUUCUUUUUGUUAUUACGAAAAAGGGAGGGGGAAAGUCAGUGCCAAAUGCAUGGCAAUCCUUGGUAGAGCUUAUUUAUGAUUUCGUGCCGAACCUGGUAAACGAACAAAUAGGUGGUAUUUCUGGAAAUGUGAAACAAAAGUUUUUCCCUUGCAUCUCGGUCACUUUUACUUUUUCGUUAUUUCGUAAUCCCCAGGGUAUGAUACCCUUUAGCUUCACAGUGACAAGUCAUUUUCUCAUUACUUUGGCUCUUUCAUUUUCCAUUUUUAUAGGCAUUACGAUCGUUGGAUUUCAAAGACAUGGGCUUCAUUUUUUUAGCUUCUUAUUACCAGCGGGAGUCCCACUGCCAUUAGCACCUUUUUUAGUACUCCUUGAGCUAAUCUCUCAUUGUUUUCGUGCAUUAAGCUCAGGAAUACGUUUAUUUGCUAAUAUGAUGGCCGGUCAUAGUUCAGUAAAGAUUUUAAGUGGGUUUGCUUGGACUAUGCUAUUUCUGAAUAAUAUUUUCUAUUUCAUAGGAGAUCUUGGUCCCUUAUUUAUAGUUCUAGCAUUAACAGGUCUGGAAUUAGGUGUAGCUAUAUCACAAGCUCAUGUUUCUACGAUCUCAAUUUGUAUUUACUUGAAUGAUGCUACAAAUCUCCAUCAAAAUGAGUAAUUUCAUAAUUGCAUAAAAGGAGAGUAUGUUUGAAAGCUUUCCUUGCUGACUUGAUUGCCUUUUCUUAUAGUCAAGAUAGUCAAAGUAGAGUGUGAUUCGGCAUAACCAUAAGAAGUAGCGGUAUUGUAGGCCGGGCUAGUAGAAGUGGUGAGGUACCAGGGGGAAGAUGAAAACUUCUUCGUUUCGUUGGUAGAACCCACGCCAAUAUCAUAUUGACUCUCUCUCGUCCAAUAAGAGGAGAGUUACUUUAUUCAAAUUCUCUCCUUUCCAAAGCUCCACAAGGCAGGCAAAAAGAGUAAUAGGACAACAAGCAAUCUUGCUUUCAUUUAUUUGGAGUUCUUUCUUUGUUGAGAUGGAAAUCGGCGUUCUUUUGAAAAGGGCUAGGUAGUUUGCACGCAGGCAAAACUUCUUCAUGAAAGGUCAAAAAUAGACUUUUAUUUCAUCAACUUUGAAUAAUGACUAGUCGUUCGUUUGAAGCCUUAAGAAACCGGCAGAGAAAGCGGCAGUUUUUUUUCCGAAUGACCUGAUUUCGAGAAUCAACUAACCAACAAAUCCGUAGCCCAGGUGAUUCGCUGCCUCCCUCUCGCCAAACCAAAAUGGGAUGAAUCUUCUCAUGCAGCUUUUUUCUUAUUCAGGGCGCAGCGAAGCCAAUUUCCAUCAAGGCAAGGGGGUAAAUAAGGGGGAAGAGGAGUUGUCACGAUAGAAAAGAGAAAUGACUAUAAGGAACCAACGAUUCUCUCUUCUUAAACAACCUAUAUACUCCACACUUAACCAGCAUUUAAUAGAUUAUCCAACCCCGAGCAAUCUUAGUUAUUGGUGGGGGUUCGGUUCGUUAGCUGGUAUUUGUUUAGUCAUUCAGAUAGUGACUGGCGUUUUUUUAGCUAUGCAUCACACACCUCAUGUGGAUCUAGCUUUCAACAGCGUAGAACACAUUAUGAGAGAUGUUGAAGGGGGCUGGUUGCUCCGUUAUAUGCAUGCUAAUGGGGCAAGUAUGUUUCUCAUUGUGGUUCACCUUCAUAUUUUUCGUGGUCUAUAUUAUGCGAGUUAUAGCAGUCCUAGGGAAUUUGUUUGGUGUCUCGGAGUUGUCAUAUUCCUAUUAAUGAUUGUGACAGCUUUUAUAGGAUACGUACCACCUUGGGGUCAGAUGAGCUUUUGGGGAGCAACAGUAAUUACAAGCUUAGCUAGCGCCAUACCAGUAGUAGGAGAUACCAUAGUGACUUGGCUUUGGGGUGGUUUCUCCGUGGACAAUGCCACCUUAAAUCGUUUUUUUAGUCUCCAUCAUUUACUCCCCCUUAUUUUAGCAGGCGCCAGUCUUCUUCAUCUGGCUGCAUUGCAUCAAUAUGGAUCAAAUAAUCCAUUGGGUGUACAUUCUGAGAUGGAUAAAAUUGCUUCUUACCCUUAUUUUUAUGUAAAGGAUCUUGUAGGUCGGGUAGCUUCUGCUAUCUUUUUUUCCAUUUGGAUUUUUUUUGCUCCCAAUGUUUUGGGGCAUCCCGACAAUUAUAUACCUGCUAAUCCGAUGCCCACCCCGCCUCAUAUUGUGCCGGAAUGGUAUUUCCUACCGAUCCAUGCCAUUCUUCGCAGUAUACCUGACAAAGCGGGAGGUGUAGCCGCAAUAGCACCAGUUUUUAUAUCUCUCUUGGCUUUACCUUUUUUUAAAGAAAUGUAUGUGCGUAGUUCAAGUUUUCGACCGAUUCACCAAGGAAUAUUUUGGUUGCUUUUGGCGGAUUGCUUACUACUAGGUUGGAUCGGAUGUCAACCUGUGGAGGCACCAUUUGUUACUAUUGGACAAAUUUCUUCUUUCUUUUUCUUCUUGUUCUUUGCCAUAACGCCCAUUCCGGGACGAGUUGGAAGAGGAAUUCCAAAAUAUUACACGGAAUAGACUCAUCGCACCGGAUCAGUCUCUUAGACGGAUGAGACUGAUCACACCUGAUCAGUGAUCAAUUCUGGCACAAUGAAUUUACGAGUUAUUUUACACAAUGAAU